AUGCCACCUCGCUACGGAGCUCUCGGUGCCACUUUCCAACUGGCGCGCAUAUUCCAGAUAUGCUCGCUCAUUGCUAUCAUCGGCAUGACCGCCAAGUUCAUCUCUUCAAUCGUCAACAACGACGCAACACCGCCAAACAUUCUUAUUGGAACCAUCAGCGUGACUUGCAUCGCCGCGAUAUACUGCAUCAUUACUGGCAUCCUGUUCUUCGAUGAUAUCCUCCCAUUCCUUCCCUGCGCAAUUCUGGACCUCCUCUUGCUCAUCGCACUCAUUGUCGUUGCGGUUAUUUUGGGCAAACCACUCUCGUAUCUGAAGUGCUCGUCGCUCUCUUCGCUGGGCUUCAAGGAUGCGACCGUAUACGCCUUUUCGUCGCGACUAUCUAAUGUCGUGGCAGGUAUCAGCGGGAAAAUUGAUUUCUCCUCGUGGAUUGGUGCAUCGAAGACUAUUUGCUUGGAGACUAAGGCAAUCUGGGGACUCAGCAUUGCCUUGUGCAUCCUAUUCUUCUUCUCGCUCCUUUGCAAUCUUUGUCUCUGGCGCCAGAAGAAGGCUCUGGCCAACGCAGAAAAAUAA